AGGCAAAAAGAAAGCAAACGAUUAAAAGCAAUCUCCCCCUCUCUCUCUGUCUUCUCUCAAUAUCCUAUUCUGUUUAUAUAUGUAUGUACUUAUUAUAUGUAGCAAAAGAUAACAACAUAUUGUAGACACAAAAGUGCAAAACUUCAAAAGGAAUUCGUCUCUUUGAAGACCGCCCGCAACUCUUUAGUUUAAUUUUUCAUUGGGACACAUAUUUAUUUCGCCUCAUCAUAUAUUGACCAGAGACUACCAUCGUCAAUAACCGUCUUGAAGACUACAAUACAAGUUAAUUGGCAGGUUUUCAGUUUCGUUUUCGCGUCAAUUCAGAUUGCAGAUGAUAAGAGAGCUGGUGGAAUACCUUCCACUAGCUCUCUCUGUAUAAUUUAACAUUAUGUCGACGUCGAUCUCAAAACUUGAAGCGGGGUUGGAUGAAACUAAUAGUAGCACUGUUCGGUACGCCAAGCUCUUGGAGGGUCCUUGGUGGGCUCAGUUUCGUUAUGGGAGUAACCCAUGGAUGGCUAGAUAUGUAUAUAGUGUGAUGUUUCUAUUGGCAAACUUGCUUGCGUGGGCUGUACGCGAUUAUGGCCCCAAUGCAUCGACAGAAAUGAGUAGAUUGAAAAGUUGUAAAGGUGGUAAAGUCUGUUUAGGCUCGGAAGGAGUUUUGAGAGUUAGCUUGGGAUGUUUUAUGUUCUUUUUCAUAAUGUUUCUUUCAACUAGUGGUACCUCAAAGUUGUACGGACGAAAAGAAUUAUGGCAUUCGGGUUGGUGGUCAGCCAAGAUCUCCCUAUUGAUCUCUCUACUCGCGCUGCCUUUCUUUCUUCCUAGAGAGAUUAUUCUAAUAUAUGGUGAGAUUGCACAUUUUGGAGCAGGGGUCUUUUUGCUAAUUCAGCUAAUCAGUAUAAUCAGCUUCAUUACUUGGUUGAAUGAUUGUUGUUUAUCAGAAAAAUAUGCAGAAAGAUGCCGUAUCCAUUUCAUGCUGCUUGCAACUACUGCAUAUGUUGUGUGCAUAUUGGGGAUCAUAUUGAUGUACAUUUGGUACACACCACAACCGACUUGCUUACUCAACAUUUCCUUUAUUACGUGGACACUUGUACUCCUACAACUUAUGACUAGUGUCUCUCUUCACCCAAAAGUUAGCGCCGGCUUUUUGACUCCAGGUUUUAUGGGGUUGUAUGUGGUGUUCCUAUGUUGGUCAGCCAUUAGAAGUGAACCAUAUGACGAAAAAUGUGUUAGAUAUACAGAAGCAUCGAGAGACUGGUUGACUAUCAUUAGCUUUAUUAUUGCACUGAUAGCCAUGGUGAUUGCCACAUUUUCAACGGGCAUCGACUCUAAAUGUUUUCAGUUCCGGAAGGAUGAGAAACAAGAAGAAGACGAUGUUCCUUAUGGUUUUGGAUUCUUCCAUUUCGUCUUUGCCACUGGAGUUAUGUACUUUGCAAUGUUAUUGAUUGGUUGGAAUUCUAAUCACACCAUGAAGAGGUGGACGAUUGAUGUUGGUUGGACCAGUACUUGGGUCAGAAUAGUAAACGAGUGGCUUGCAGUCUGUGUCUACUUGUGGAUGCUGGUAUCCCCGAUCGUGUGGAAAAGCAGACAGGUGGAUGAUCAAAAUGAUAUCCCCGAUUGUGUGGAAAAGCAGACAGGUGGAUGAUCAAAAAUAAGUGAAGUGGAAGAAGGUGAUGUUUUACUCAAAAAAUGGCGUGUGAUCCAUCUUCAAUGUUCAAGUAAUGUGGAAGCAAAUAUAAACAUCCUUACCAUGUAUGUUAACAAGAUUUACACACAAAUAUAUACAAGCCGGCAAGAUUGAUAUAUACAUGCGAUAGAAGAGUUUCACUCAGUUCCAUGGGGUCUAAAGUGGCUGCUUGCUUCCAUAUCCAAUCUAUAGUCACUUAUUUUUUUAUGAAAAAGUGAGAAGGAAGCAAUCAAGCAUAUAAUAGUAUGAUACCAUCUGUUGAAGGCUAACAUGUUAUAGAAUAGUAAUUCUAAACCCCAGUCACUCGAUAUUGUAAAUUUUUGAGUAGUAGUCUUCAAUUAUCAUUGCAUUAUCCGAACACAAUGACCAAGGCAAAUGUAAUGAUAAUGCCGGUUUACGUAA